GAGGAGGGGAGGAAAGGAGAGGAGAGGGGGAAGGAGGGAUUUGUCCCGAUGGCAAAAUAACUUUACGUUUUAUUUUUUUCUGUGCCGUUCAGAGAAACCUCGAGUCUGAAAUCUGAAACUGUAGAAUUACUGUUGGAGGAGGUGAGUCAGGCACGUUUUCUCAUCCUCUCAGUUCAUUUUCACAUCCAUUUCCCUCAAACUCUAAAGCAUCCACAGUUCUAGAGUAGCCUUUUCUGUGUGUGACCACUUCUGUGGAUGGUCCUAUAGGAGAUGACGUUCCUCAUGGCACUUCAUCUGAUUGGUCUGUUGGUGACGCUGUGGUCCAGCAGCCCCAGUCUGGCCACACCCCUCCCUUUCAACAUUUCAUUGGAGGGAAGUGCAGAGGGGGAGGAGCUAGACAGCCUCAUUGACACCCCUUCCCCACCUGCCACCAGUGGCCCUGCCUCGGAGUCCUCUACCACCUCACAUGGCUCCACCCACGUAGAGCACUUCUUGCUCAGGCAAAUGGUUCACUUCCUGCAGGAUAACCUGUUCCUCAUCCUAGUUUUCUUCACACUCUUCAUCACUAUCUUCCUCAUCCUCUGCUGUGCUUGUAUCAUGAGCCGCAAACGAAAGAUCAAUGCCUACUACCCCUCGUCCUUCCCCUCUAAGAUGUACGUGGACCAGAGGGACAAGACCGGAGGUACCAAGCUUUUCAACGAGUUGCCAGAGAAACCCUCCAACCGGCAGCAGGCUGAGCCAGUGGACUCCAGCAAGAAGCUCCAUCAUGACAUCAUGAAGGCAGCCAAGAACCUCCGCACUCUCUCCAAGCCUCCCCUGGGAGAGCAAGAGGGAAAAGACCCCACACAGAUAUCUGCAGCAGUAGAGAAAAGUCAUGAGGUGAAUGUUCAGGCUGUGGGAGAAAUAAUAGAGAAAGACAAUCAGCCAUCAAAUACACCAGAGUUGAGUGAGGAGGAGGUAUGCCAGCUCUCAGUCAAUGAAGCCCAACAUAGCAGCUGCCCUGAGCAGUCAGAAAUCCUUCCGGAACAGACAGGCCUAAAAAAGGAUGAUGAGUCAUUCACAUGAGCUGAGUCUCCAUCUGGCCAAGGGCACUCACAGGCUCAGCAGGAAAAGAACAGGCAAGAGGACUCCACUGUCACACUGUCCAUUCCGUUGAUCACUGGAGCGAAAACAGCACUUUUGCUAUGCUCUCGACACUAUGUUUGAUCUCAAUGGUUUGGACCAAUUUUGCAUGAGUGACAAUCUUUAAGGCAAACCUGUCAGCUUUGUUUACUGCUCUUUGGAUUUACCAAAUUAUGUCUGUUCAGUUAUAUGUAAUCAUAUACUUGAUUUACUUCUGUUUCCCAGUAGCCAUCUUUCAAUGUAUCUCUCUCUAAAGGGUUAACACUAUGUAACCUGCCAUCUUUCAAUGUGUCUCCCGAAAAGUACAACACUAUGUAACCUGCCAUCUUU